UACUUGGGCUUACCUCUCAGUCCGAAGAAGAUCUCUUGGGCAACUCUCCAACCGUUCCUUGAGCGCAUCAUGUCUAAACUUCAUUCUUGGACUGUUAAGACUCUGUCGUUUGCUGGAAAGGUCACGAUGAUUUAUUCUGUUAUAUACGGAAUGGUUAACUUCUGGAGUGCAGUAUUUGUUCUUCCGAAACGCUUCUAUGCCAAAGUAGACUCCCUUUGCUCAGCUUUUCUCUGGAAAAACAAUACCACAUCAGCUCUGGGUGCAAGAGUAUCUUGGCUUGAUAUAUGUAAGCCAAAACAAGAAGGUGGACUGGGUAUUCGCAAGCUGGAGGAGUUUGAGAUGGUAUUUAGACUAAAGCGCAUCUAGUUGUUUUUCUCCUCUUCGGGAUCUCUGUGGGUGCCUUGGCUUACGCAUAAUAGAUUUCACGACAAGAGCUUCUGGUUGGUUACGGACUCUCCAAGGUUUUCCCACACAAUAAGAUCAAUGCUUCAGUUAAGAGAUUCGCUUGGGAACUUCAUGAGAUGCUCGUUAGGUGAUGGCAGUACCGCAUAUUUUUGGUUUGAUUACUGGACUGAGCUUGGUCCUCUUUACACUAUGUUCGGUCCCUCGGGUCCAAGAUCUCUGCGCAUUUCCCUUGAUGCUACGGUUGCUGAAGCUGUCGUUGACGGUAGUUGGCAUUUACCCCCUGCGAGGUCAGAGUUGGCAGAGACAUUGCAAAUCAUUUUAACUACUAUUCCACCUCCGGUCCAGGCUAAUGGCCAUGAUGUUUACCUAUGGAGAGGCGGACGGACAAGUGGUUUUAUAAAAUCUUUUUCCUCUCGAGUAACUUGGGACUUACUUCGAGUAGCCUCACCGGUCGUUGAUUGGCACUCCACGGUCUGGUUCAAGGAACAAAUUCCGAGAUGCUCGUUCAUAACAUGGCUCUCUAUGCUCGCUAGGCUCCCCACUCGUGACCGUUUGUUAUCAUGGGGUUUGAACGUCCCAAGUGCUUGUGUCUUAUGUGAUAAUGGAGUCGAAUCACACAGCCACUUGUUCUUUGAAUGUUCUUAUGCUACUGCUGUGUGGUCAUGUUUUUGUGGCAGAUUCUUGGACUCUCCUCCAGUAGCUCUCUCUUCUAUUGUCUCCUACUGCCACCAGCUUCAAGGAUCUCACUCAGCCUCGGCCGGAAUUGUCAUUAAGCUCCUUCUACAGAUCAUCGUCUAUCAGCUUUGGCGCGAACGUAAUAUGCGCAUCUUUCGCGGUUCCUCUGUACCUGCGGCUUCUUUCUUCAGGGUUGUGGACCGGGCAAUGCGAGACAGGUUGUUGUCUCUUCGUGUUUCUGCGAUUGCUCCUCCUUCACCGUCUCUGCUUGAGCUUUAUUUUUGGUUCAUCUCUCCAUUUAGUUAAUCAAACUCAUAUUU